AUGCUUGACAGCCCGCAUGAAGCAAGUCUGGUCGAUAUUAUUCUGUGGGCGCUCGGACUGACCCGUGGCGUCGUGUUUCAAGUCAUUGCUAUGACAAGCCUUGGCAUUACUACGAUCCCUUGCAUCGUCAAUCUCGACUUUAACCUCGAGUUUCUCUACCGUCUACCGGAAAAACUCAUCUAUAUCAUGUUGACAUCUUUAUAA